CUUGUCAGCCUUGUCAGAUCCUUGUCCAGGUACUCAAAAGAACACCAAGAAAGGACCUGUAAUGGACGAGAAAGACUACAAGCAUGAGGAAGUUGAGAAGAAUUUAAUGUCCAUGAAUGCACUGACAUAUGUUGCAGGAUACCUACUGCGAAAAUGCCUGGACAAACAGAAAUGCCUUACUUGUGCACAUAAGCUUACCCUGACCAGCAGCAGCCAGCUACUGUGCUAUUUUAAAGCUUAUGAAAACAAGAGCACUGACUCUGGAGGACUGACUGGUCUUCAAGAUGAAUUUAUUCAGUAUGUCACUAAAAUAGAGGGCAAAGUUGUUGAUUAA